UAUUCAAAGGUGCUUGCUCACGACCGGGAUCUGUAAAGUGCCGCCGUCGCCGUUUGGAUUUACGGUUGCUACCUCGAUCGAGCGGAGAGCCGCACCGGCUGGCGAAGGCGAAGAAGACAACCAUUUAGAAUGGCUAGGAUUAAGGUCCACGAACUCCGAGGGAAGACGAAGGCGGAACUGCAGAACCAACUGAAGGACCUGAAAAACGAACUCAGCCUUCUCCGCGUUGCCAAGGUCACCGGCGGUGCCCCCAACAAGCUCUCCAAGAUUAAGGUGGUGAGGUUGUCGAUCGCGCGGGUGCUGACAGUCACCUCCCAGAAGCAGAAGGCUGCGCUGAGGGAUGCAUACAAAAAGAAGAAGCUUAUCCCGCUUGACCUCAGGCCCAAGAAGACUCGUGCCAUCCGCCGUCGCCUAACCAAGCGUCAGGGCUCCUUGAAGACAGAACGCCAGAAGAAAAAGGAGAUGUACUUUCCAACGAGGAAGUAUGCAAUCAAAGCUUAGAUAAAAGUAGGGACCAGGCUUGUUAAGCUCUUCUGUGUUAAUUGCUACUCGAUUUCAUUGUUUAGUGAAGUCUUUUUUGCAAUACUGUGAGCAUCCUUUGAAAAUUUUGUUAUAUGUUUGAACCGUGGAAUGUUUUGUCCUUGAACUCUGUUUCAC